AUGUUGGCUUCAAAAGCUUUUGAGCUGAUUAAAGAACUCAGCAGAGGUAAUUCAGGCAGUCUAUCACCGUAUAAUGAGGACUGUAUACGACAGGUUUUGGAUGAGAUGAAGUCAUUAUAUGAACAGAACCAGAAAGACGUGAGUGACACAGUGGCAGGAGAGACUGGUUUAUUUUCAGGUGUCCAGGUACGACAUGCAGCACUUGAAAGAAACAAACGAUGUCUUCUUACAUACUUAUAUAAACGUCUACAAAUUAUCCAAGAAAUGAGGUGGGAAUUUGGUAGUGUUUUACCCAUGGACAUACGCUAUAACAUGUGUGAGCAAGAAAUAAGUUGGUUCAAUCGUUACAAUAAAAUGUUGGCUGUGUACAUGCGAAGCAUUGGUGACAGUGGCCUUGACCUUACUCAGGAUAUGCAACCUCCAAAAUCUCUGUACAUUGAGGUGAGAUGCUUGAAAGAUCAUGGAGAAUUUGAAACCCAGGAUGGUAAUAUCAUUGUCUUGAAAAGGAAUAACCAGCAUUUCUUGCUGCGUUCUGAAUGCGAGCAUUUAAUUCGCCAGGGUGUCUUGGAACAUGUUACAAACUGA